CUAAGGCGAAAAGUCAUGAUUACCUGGGUAAUUUCUUUACUGGCUCUGGGUGUUUCGGUGAGGUCUGCCCCAUCGGAGGAGUCCCGUAUCAUCAAUGGAAAGGACGCGGAACUUGGACAGUUUCCGUAUCAAGCGCUGUUGAAGAUCGAUACUCCAAACGGUCGAGCUCUGUGCGGUGGAAGUGUCCUCAACGAAGAAUGGAUCCUAACGGCUGGCCAUUGUGUGCAGGACGCUUCCUCGUUCGAAAUCACCAUGGGGACCAUCAACCUCAAGAGCACAGAAGACGACGGACGGGUGGUGAUGAAUUCUACCGAGUAUAUCCAGCAUGAAGACUACAAUGGGCAGGAUGCCUCCAAUGACAUCGCCGUCAUUAAACUUCCGCAAAGAGUGCAGUUUAGCAAUCGCAUCCAAGCGGUUCAGCUUCCCACGGGACACGACGACUACAACCGAAAAAUGGCCACGGUUAGCGGCUGGGGUAAGACGAGGGAUAUGGGCGGUGUAGCUCAGCGGCUGCAGUACGCUACGAUUCAAGUAAUUCGCAACAACGAAUGCAGAUUGGUCUACCCGAGUUCGAUUCAGCCAACCACUUUGUGCUGCCGCGGUGAUCAGCAAUCUACGUGCAAUGGAGACUCCGGUGGACCGUUGGUUUUGGAUGACGACAAGACCCUGAUCGGUGUGGUCAGUUUUGGCCACGUGAUCGGCUGCGAGAAGAAACUGCCAGUUGCCUUCGCUCGAGUGACGGAGUUUGCCGAUUGGAUUCGCGAGAAAACUGGAAUGUCUGCACCGGAAGGUGGCGACGCACAGUAAAAGCACCCGGAAACCGGAAAGGACGUUUCUCAUAUCUUCUUGAAAAAUGAUUGG